AUGCUCACCGCUCCCUUGCUCACCUCGGCUCCAGAGCCUUCCAUCACCAAAGUGACGGAGCCCACCCCGACUCAGGCGACUUUUGAUAGCACACCAUUGUCCUGGUCCUCCUCAGCAUCAUUAGUCUCUGACGGUGACUCUGUAGACAACACCAGCACACUCAAUGAUGCCUCCCCUUUUGACGAGCCCUGGUCUUCUCUCUCUAGCUCCGUCAUAUCCCUAGAUCGUGUAUCUCACAAUGACCCUGACAGUCCAUAUUGUCUUCCUGCCGAUAGCCACGAAAAGCUUCGGCUUGACAAGCAACAUAAUUUCAUACGGGAUCAUAUCUGCGACGGCCGUUUGGUGUUAGACGACAGGUUGACGCUGAAGGAAGGAGCCCUCGUGCUCGACCUCGGCACGGGAUCUGGCGCUUGGGCGUCCGACUUGGCUGGCCGAGUUCCUGCCGGCGUCAAGAUCGAGGCAUACGACAUCAGUGACCGUCUCUUCCCACAAAACACGGCCAAUGUGACCUUUGAGACUGGGAAUGUCCUCGACCUGCCCAGUCGUCUUCAAUCGCGAGUCACGCUUGCACACCAGCGCCUCCUCAUCUACGCACUUCGACACAAUGAAUGGAGCAAUGCCAUUCGUUCCAUUAAGAAUACUCUCAUCCCGGGUGAGGGUGUUGUUCAGCUCACUGAGGUUCUGACUCCUUCAGAUAACCCAGGUGACGCCCAAGAAAAGUUCCACAGUAUGCUUUGCUCUCUCGGUCAAAAACGCCAGCUGCUUCUUAACUGUGGCGAACAGCUUCCUACCAUCCUUGACCAGGCCGGGUUGGUCGAUAUCUCCAAAAAGGCCGUCAAAGUUCGUCUCGGUAGCGCUGGUGGCAUAGAAGGGUUGAAAGCGGCCGCAUGCCGUAUUGGAGCCUUCCAGGGUAUGCGUGACAGCGUCUUGCUCGACGGAGGCUAUGGCGUUGUCAAAAGUCAAGAGGAGUUUGACAAGCUGCUCGACAAUGUCAUGGCUGAAUGGGAAACCAAUGAAUGCUAUGCCAUUUACUACAUCAUAACUGCUCGACGUCCCUCUCUAGGAUUCACAGCUCCGCCACUGUUGCUCAACAUACCUCAGAUAUUUGACUUUCACGCCAAACAUAACGGUCACCUCCCUUUCUACCGCUAUGCUGAGGAAGAUGUUGUCCGUCAUAUUACUUACUCGAGGCUCGCAGCCGGUAUUCAGCAAGCCGCCAAGCUUGCUCUCACUGUUGCUGGUGAAAGCGAUUCGCCAAUUGCAGUCCUUGCAGUCGCUGACUCUAUCACAUUUAUUACUACUAUGCUCGGUUUCUUUCGUGCAGGAGUCAAGGCUUUCCUCAUUUCACCUCGCAAUUCUGCUGCGGCCACCUCACAUCUCCUUCAAAAGACCGGCUCGCAAAACAUUCUAGUCAGUAGCGAUGAAGGCAUGCAGCAGCUUGCCGAAGCCGCUAUCAGCCAGGAAAACCUUGCCGUCUCCAUCAAGCCUUUGCCAACGUACGAACAGCUCUUCAAGCCCACUGAGGAAGCAUCGGUUCCACUACUGAGAUACGACCCCGACUCUGUUGCCUUGAUUCUUCACUCCUCCGGCUCAACCAACUUCCCUAAGCCAAUCCCGCUCACUCACCGCAAUCUUGUUGAGUGGGGACGCGGGGCUCAUGGUGAGCGUAACUUUGAAGGGGAGGUUCUUGGAGGCCACAGUUUAGCCUUCUUCCAUGCCAUGGGAGUGUGAGUCUGAGUCUAUUCUGGCUGAUUGCAUCUCGAUAACAUGACUAACUAUUUUCGUACAUAGAAUCGCUCCUCUCUGGUGUGCCUGCUCAGGUAUGCAGCUUGCCGUCUUCCCACCCGUAAGCCCGCCGGUUCGUCCGACUCCUGAAAAUAUAUACAAUGGUAUCGUUGCCGCAAAAUCGACUUAUAUUUUUUGCGUUCCGAGUCAUAUCGAACGCUGGGCCGCCAUGCCGGAAACCCAUGAAUACCUAGCCAAGGAGAUUAAGGCCCUUGCCUAUUGCGGUGCUCCUCUGGGUGCUGAUGCCGGGAACCUC